AUGUUUAUUAUUUUAAUCCUUUGCAUAACAACAACCUAUAGUUCCUUCAUAAAUUGUCCCGCAGAAACUUAAUAAAAUUGUGAUGAUCUUUAUUAUCCUGUUUGUGCUUAUGGCUCAGAUGAGAAAGUAAUUAUCUGGUCUAAUAAAAUUAAAUAGAUAACUAAACAAUUUUCAAAUGCUUGCGAGGCUUGUAAAAUUUCUACUACACUAUACUAUUUUGAAGGAGAAUGUUAAUAAUUGAUUAAUUUCAAUUAAACGUUCACCUACCGUUUUACUUCUGAAUAAGAUGAAGAAGACGAAUCAAAAGCAGUAACAAAAUACUGCGAUGAAAAAUCAAGAUAUUUGACUGAUUGCAGUAAUCAGGAGAGUUUAGUAUGUGCUCAAUCUAUGACCAAUGGCUCAACUUAUUCAGAAUAAUACUCAAAUUCUUGCAUAGCCUGUGCAAAUUAAUAUGUGAUAAGUUAUUAUGAUGGAUAUUGUAGAAAUGAACAAACGUAAUGAAUCCUUUUGAUUAAAUAGCGAAUCAAGAAUCAUCUAUUGUCUUCCUGAUAGACCAACGAGCUGUAAUGAAAAAGGUUUAACUGUUUGCUCUUAAACUACUUCUCCUUGCACAAAUUAUGAAUGUUACUUUGAGAGCAAAUCCUGGUGUGCAGCAUGUUCCAAUACAAAUGUUGUCACCUAUUAUUAAGGCAGUUGCCAAGAAUACUUGGAGUAAACAAAUUCAAUUAUUCUUAGCUAUAUAAAAGCUAUCGAUAUCAUGGAAGAAUUGGUUUAAAAAUGUAGCUUCGUUCAGCCUGAAACAUGCCCUGAUACUGUUUAGGAAGUCUGUGUUACUGAAAGUUGUGAUGAUGAUAAAUCAACUUGUUAAAAGACUUAUACUAAUUCAUGUUUGGCAUGUUAGAAUCCAAAAGUCAUAAGUUACCUGCCAUUUUCAUGCUUUUCUUAUUAAUUUAUGAUUUGGAUUGUGAUUAUCUAUUUCAUAUAUUGA